UCCCGGCCCAUGAUGCCGCGCGGCGGCGGCCCGCGCACAAGAUGGCGGCGGAGCGGCAGGGCGGCCGCGGCGGGGCGGGAGGCGGCUCUGAGGAGAACAAGGAGAACGAGAGGCCGCCGGGGUCCCGAGCCGGCAGCCUCGGGGACAGCCUGGGGCUGGAGAUCCUUCAGAUCGUGAAGGAAUCUCAGCAGCAGCACGGUUUGCGUCACGGAGACUUCCAGAGGUACAGGGGUUAUUGCUCCCGUAGGCUACGGCGGCUCCGAAAAACUCUCAACUUCAAGAUGGGAAACAGGCACAAGUUCACUGGGAAGAAGGUAACCGAAGAGAUUCUCUCAGACAACAGGUAUUUGCUGUUGAUACUGAUGGAUGCGGAGAGAGCCUGGAGUUACGCCAUGCAGCUCAAGCAGGAAGCGAACACGGAGCCUCGCAAGCGGUUUCACUUGCUGUCCCGCCUGCGCAAAGCCGUGAAGCACGCCGAGGAGCUGGAGCGACUGUGUGAAAGUAAUCGAGUAGAUGCCAAAACAAAGCUGGAGGCCCAGGCAUACAUGGCUUACCUCACGGGAAUGCUUCGGUUUGAACACCAGGAGUGGAAGGCAGCAAUGGAAGCUUUCAACAAAUGCAAGACCAUAUACGAAAAACUGGCCAAUGCUUUCACAGAAGAACAAGCUGUGCUGUAUAAUCAGCGUGUGGAAGAGAUUUCUCCCAACAUUCGUUACUGUGCCUAUAACAUUGGUGACCAGUCUGCUAUGAAUGAGUUGAUGCAGAUGAGACUGAGGUCUGGUGGCACUGAAGGUCUUCUUGCAGAAAAACUGGAGGCGCUGAUUACCCAAACUCGAGCAAAGCAGGCAGCCACGAUGAGUGAGGUGGAGUGGAGAGGAAGAACUGUUCCAGUGAAGAUUGAUAAAGUGAGGAUCUUCUUGCUGGGGCUGGCCGACAACGAGGCUGCUAUUGUUCAGGCAGAAAAUGAGGAGACAAAGGAACGUUUGUUUGAAUCUCUACUCAGUGAGUGUAGAGAUGCCAUUCAGGCUGUUCGGGAAGAUCUGAAACCGGACCAGAAGCAGCGGGAACACUCUCUCGAAAGUGAUUCCGGGAAGGUGUCCAACAUACAGUACUUACACAGUUAUUUGACUUACAUCAAGUUGUCGACAGCUAUCAAGCGCAACGAGAGCAUGGCGAAGUCUCUGCAGAAGGCACUGCUGCAGCAGCAGCGAUCAGAAGAGGAUGGCAAGCGCACCGCGCGGCCUCAGGACCUGAUCCGCCUUUAUGAUAUCAUUUUGCAGAACCUUGUGGAACUGACACAGCUUCCUGGCCUAGAAGAGGACAAGAACUUCCAAAAAGAGAUUGGAUUGAAGACGCUUGUGUACAAAGCUUACAGGUGUUUCUUCAUUGCACAGUCCUAUGUCCUGGUAAAGAAGUGGAGCGAAGCUCUCGUUUUGUAUGAAAGAGUGCUGAAAUAUGCUGGUGAAGUUCAGUCGGAAGCUGGAGCUUUUACAAACAGCUUGAAGGAGCUGCCUGAUGUUCAGGAUCUGAUCACUCAAGUCAAUGCAGAGAAAUACUCCUUGCAAGCAGCAGCGAUAUUAGAUGCAAAUGAUAAUCAUGAGACUGAGUCUCCAUCUCAGGUCAAGGAUGGCAAGCCACUCUCAGAACGGUUCGAGACUUUCUGUCUGGAUCCUUCUCUUGUCAGCAAGCAAGUCAGCCUCGUGCACUUCCCUCCGGGCUUCCAGCCCAUUCCAUGCAAACCCUUGUUCUUUGACCUGGCCCUUAACCAUGUCGCUUUCCCACCUCUGGAAGACAAGGUGGAGCAAAAGGCCAAGAGUGGCCUCACAGGAUAUAUAAAGGGCAUCUUUGGAUUCAAAAGUUAACCAGGACCCCUCUGAGGAACAGAGGUUUUAUCCUGUAUUGAAGGAAAAGCUCCAAGAGGUUCUAGGACACAAAUAUCUGCAACCGAAACCGACAAAGGGAGGUUUUACCAUCUUCUUCCCUGUGUUCUGUGUAUAUGUCUGUGCACUUACGUUCUCUCCCGGUGUAUUAAAGACAAGCAAUUUCUUCAGAAACAUAUGUACUCUAUAAAUAGCUGAAAAUAAUUUGGAGCACAGAGAAAUUCCAUUCCGCUUGGAGAAGUUGGAGCGUGCUUUGUGACCAGUGGCCUGUUCGGGGCUGGUACACAUUUACUUACCACGGACCAGGGCAUAGACAUAACUUGAUUCCUCCCCUGCCCCAUUAUUUGACACUUAAUUUGGUAUUUUGUUUCAGAAAUUUGGGUAUGAUGGGGAAACAGGCAAAAUUAGAUGCAGAACUGAAACAGCGAGGUGAGGGUGCCCACGCAAAGGGUGUGGAAAAAUAGCCAGGGGGGCUGCUCCUUGCCUUUCGACUCCCAGUCCCUGCUGAGAAGCAUCUGUAGUUAUGUAAAGAGAAGUCUCUUUAUUUUUAAAAAAAAUUGACAUUCAGAAAUGACAAAACGGAGCCUCUUUCCUUGUCAAUAAGGAUGGCAAACACCUUACCAAAUGUUAAUGGUUGCCCCACGUGUGUUGGAGUAUAACCCGAAUUUGUACUCUGGGCUGAUGAGAUCCUUCUUCAUUGGUACGUGUCUUGUUAAACACGUAAUGCAGUAUAGAACCUAAUCCCACAAGGCUUUUCCUGGGAAACGAGCUUCAUGGGUGGCUUCUUGAUCUUCAUGGGAAGUUGGGGCUGUCACUGUUCUUUUUGUCUCUGAUCUAAACCUUCUCUUUAAAAAAAAAAUGAUUUUUUUCUGGAGUUCAUCUGUUGCUUUUUCCUCAUCCUUGGUUAGCAGAUAAACCUGACGUGAGAAAUAAGCGACGGGAUGCCAGUAGUGAUGGUUCUCUGUCGUGCCAGGCAGCAUUUUUUAUAAAGCACCCACGUGGUGUGGUGAUAGGCACUUAAAAAAGGCGAGUAAUUCCACGAUCGCGUUCAUUAUGGAGGGGAAAUAAAAACAGCACGUGGGCAGAACUGUUCCUAAUAAAGCGUUUGGAAGUUUCCACUGAUUUUUACUCAGUCUGUUGCUGGAGGCUGGCACAGCAGUCCUACCUGCCUUACCUCUCCUGCGCUGGUUGUCCCGACCCUGCGUUGUUUCGCCAUUUUUAGGCAUUGGAGUUAAUGGGGUGGGAACAGGAACAAGUGAUUUGACUGAUGUGGGGAUUUUCCAUGCAAGGUGCACGUCAGGAGUAUGGGGGGAAUUAAUGAUUCCAAUGAUUUUAAGAUGAAUGUUUGCUACUUUGUUCCAAGUUGAUCUGAUUUGGGAGUUCUCAAAAUACAAAGCAGCUUUCAAGAGGAGCAGGAGGAACUUACUGUUUAACUUUUGCAACGUGGAAACAAUAUGGGAAGUUCUGGUAUUGUAGCUAUCCGUUUGCCUCUGGUUGCCAGGGGAUUUUACAAGAGAGAGAGGAAUUGUGGAACGGAAAGAAACACUGAGGUCUUCAUCAGGUGAUAAUUUUUAGAAAACAUGGUCGUGGAUGACCGGUUUCUCUUCGCCGUAAAGCCAGUUUCCUUAUUUACAGGGAAGGAUCAUGCAGUAACUGUCCUGGCAGUAGGUGGUUGAUAGCUCUGCGGUACCUCUUUCUAGGUACUUCCGGAGCUGCUCUCUCCUUUUCAGCCUUUCUAUCAAGUCAGUUGGAGAAGUGUUACCCUGUUUGGUUUGCAAACCAAACUCCUGUCUGCAAAAUCUGUGUGGUGCCUGGAUUGAUUCCAGUGGAAGUCGUAGUGCAGCCACUUCCUGAUUUGUUGCUGUUACAGACAGCUGAGAGGAAUUGGCCUCUCUCUUAAACGUCUUUUAAAAGAUGACUGGUUCAUUGAACACCGAUAAGGAAUCUGAAAACAAUAAAGUCUUAUUCCUGUCCUCUGA